AUGUUUAGCCAACAAGAAGAUAACAUCUAUUCAAAGACGUCGUUCCACUCUGGCGCGACCGCAGGCGAACAAGGCCACAGAUGCGCCGAACGCGCCACUUCGCCUGAAGGUAGAGCCAGCGAAGGACUACCAAAUACCCCCAGAAACGGAAACGAAGCCGCCGGCGCACAACAUGAUAUCGUCGAAAAUGCUACCCGGUUACAUGCCCUGCUGUCUGAGUUGCCUAAAUCGGAUAUCACGGACAAAGACAGCAAGAUCUGUGGUAAACUGUUGGAUAUUUCGCUUGCCCGUCCGCUCACGGACAAAUACACUGAGAGAGGCGCGGUCCGUCGCGAGGAAGAGCAUGAAAAUGCCAAUGUUGCUGCUACCCCAGAGGACAGCAUCUUUCCAAAAAUAGGGGCGCCACAAGGUAUCCCGGAAAAUGAAACUGAAUACUACGGCGACGGACCAAGUGCUUCCCGACUGAAGGCCUUGUUGUCCGCGCUAGACCCCUUGCGUUGCUCUCAAUUGGCGGAUCAAGACAGCGGAGAUAGUGAUGGACCAUCCUACACGUGCGAAUCCACAGACUCAAUGCCUUCGCCGGCCACAUCACUGUCAGAGCAUGACGCAUUAUACUUUGCGUUUGAAGACAUGUCAACUGCGAUUCCAGCUACUGCUGUGAUGGUGCUGAUAGACGGACAAUCUCGUUAG